AUGAGGGAAUGGGAGAAUAGGAAUUGUGGGUUGAGGGAGCUGGAGGAGGUGGCUGGCUCUUCAAGAACAAGAGAACAGCUCAUGCCAAGGCUGGGAGGUAGAGCUGGAUAUGACUGGUGGGCCAGCGACAAAGCACAGAGUGGGCAAGAAGAGGCUGGAAAGUCCCACCAGGGUGUGGCUGAAAGCUCUUUGAGGGCUAGGGGUUGGGCUGGGGACAGCCGUGCUGUGACAGCCUCUCCUGCUCCAGCCCUGCAGCUGGUGAGCAGUGAGAGGGACUUGGUUCUGGUCCCUGAGGCGCUGAGCUGGUACGACGCCCAGCAGCACUGCCGGCUGCACUACACAGACCUUGCUGACCUGCAGCCAAGUGACCUGUUGAAGCUCUACUCCCUCAUGAACAGCACCCAGGCUUGGAUUGGCCUCUUCUUCGACGCAAGAACUUCUGGCCUGAGAUGGUCCAGCGGCUCCACCUACACAGCCCUGGAGUGGGUUCAGACGCUGCCCGAAUUCGGGGUGGGCAUCUGUGCCACGCUGUACACUCGGCUGAAACUUCCCUGCAUAGGGGCCGACCCCUGCACAGCCCAGAAUCCCUUCUUCUGCUACUAUGGUGUGUUCACAUUCAUAUUUCAGGCUUGGUCUUCCCCCUAG